AUGUCUGUACCAGUUCUCCUGCUUCAAAAUGGUGUCUUCCCAGGCUCGCCAUGUCAUCCUCGCACCGGGGUAUCUCUCAAAGUGCUUGAUUCAUACCAAGCAUACUUUGAGCGUUCUGGGGAUGCUGUGACUGCUUUGGCAGCUGCGCUUUGCACUGUCUAUCGACGCAGGGGCUUUCCGGCAGAUGAUCCAUUUCGCUCUGCUCUUACACAAGCUAUUCAAUGGUCUUCUCUGCUUCGUCUCAGACUCAAGAGAAGGCUUGAUUCUUUCCUUCAAGAUGCCGCCGCGGUGGCAUCCGCAACUGCUGAGGUGCUUACUGCUGAUGCAUCUGCACCAUCACCUUUCGUCGCAGACUCAUCCGCAAGUGAUCACAUCGCAUCUUCAAUUCCAAACCAGCCUUCUCAGGAGAAGCUCAAGUCUCCAGCACCUCAACGUGCAGCCCGUACUCUGCGGGAGAGAUGUCCAGCCUGUUUUGGCUUGACCACUUGGGGUCGGCCACUAGGUGGUGAUAUACAGAUGGGUGCAGAUGGCAACUGGAGUCUCCGCCAUCUCCGUUCUGCAGGAGAUGGGCCCGAGCUUCCAUUUUCGCCAGCCUACUUUGUCUCCAAGGCUGAAGUUGAUUCUGUUCGUCAACAAAUCUUGACCGCACGGAGCCGAAAGCCACACAGAAACACCUCUUCGGUGUCUCUACAAGUGAUAGAAGCCUGUCAGGAAUCAUUUCAGGCAGCCAAAGAGAAAAAGGAGAAGGCUGAUCCUGACCACUACGACUCAACCGGGGUCUUUGUCAUGACCUGCCGGCACUCACAAGUUAUAUUUCUUGCCAAUAUUGACACCCCUGGGGAGCAGCAAUGCUAUAUCAUUGCGCUUUUGGAUAAAGUGGCAUCAUUCCUUCCUAGAAAUGCCACAAUUGUCCAGGCAUAUGAUGUGGGAUGCGUAGUGGAUCAUUCCUGUCACCUGUACCCGCUUCUUCCACCAUCUCUGCACCAGCGUGUUGCAUUUGUCAUCAAUAUAAUGCACUCAUUUGUGCAUGAAUGGGAUUGUCAACUCGUCUACAGUCCCCGAUUCUUCACAGGGAUGGGUCUAUCUGAUAUGGAAGGGGUUGAGAGGUUCUGGUCUCAAAUGCGAAAGCUGAUUGGCAUGACUCAAACACAAUGGGUGCGCGAAUUACUUCACUGUGGGGAUAUUCCUUUCAUCCAUAGCACAGAGCUCAUGGCGCCUAUGGAUUCUGGAUGGACACACCGAGUUCAUUAA